GUCGAGGUCGACGCCAUGCUGCAGAGCAUCACGGAGCCGUACGGCAACCGCUGGCGCAUGCUGGCCGUGUGCCUGAUGAGCUUCUGCCAGGGCAUGUUUGACAGCGCGCCGGGCACCCUGAUUCCCGCCAUAGAGAAACACUACGACAUUGGGUACAUGAUCGUGUCGCUGAUCUUCGUCGGCAACGCGCUGGGCUUCAUCGGCGCGGCGGCAUUCAUCGACGUGGUGCGGGAGCGGCUGGGGCGGGCGCGGAUGCUGGCGCUGGCGCAGCUGAUCGUGGCGGUGGGCUACAUCCCGCUGGCGUGCACGGCGCCGUUCCCGGGCGUCGUGGUGGCGUUCCUCGUGGUCGGCUUCGGCAGCUCCUUCACGCUGGCCGUCGGCAACGUGUUCUGCGGGUCGCUGCGCAACGGCACGGCGGCCCUGGGCUUGAUGCACGGCAGCUAUGGGAUCGGUGGGACUGUCGGCCCGCUUAUUGCCAAUGCUCUUGUCUCGGCUGCUCGUGUCUCUUGGAGCAGGUAUUAUCUGCUGCCGCUCGGCCUCGCGCUGUUCAACGCCUUCUUCUCCGCCUACGUGUUCUGGGGCUACGACGCCGAUGGUGCUGAGGGCACCACCCCUAGCAAAGCCCCGGCGAAGCGCAUCGACCUCGCCGGCAUGUUCUCGGCCAUGUCGAGCCGCGUGGUGCUGCUGGGUGCGCUGUUCAUCUUCGCGUACCAGGGCGCCGAGGUGAGCAUCUCGGGCUGGGUCAUCUCGUUCCUGAUCGAGACGCGCGGCGGCGAGCAGGGGUCUGUCGGCUAUGUGACAGCCGGGUUCUGGGCCGGCAUCACCCUGGGCCGCUUCCUGCUCUCGGCACCAGCGCACCGCGUCGGCGAGAGGCGCUUCGUGUAUGGCGUCGUGGCCGGCGCGGCCGCGCUCGAGCUCGUCGUGUGGCUCGUGCCCAAUGUUGUUGGGAGCGCCGUCGCAGUCGCGCUUGUUGGUCUGUUGCUCGGCCCCGUCUACCCGUGCUCGGCGGCCGUGUUCAUGCGCAUGAUGAGCAAGCACGAGCGCGUCAGCGGCAUGAGCGUCAUCUCGGCGUUUGGCAGCUCCGGCGGCGCCGUCGCGCCCUUCACCACGGGCAUCCUCGCCCAGGCCGUCGGCCCGUUCGUGCUGCACCCCAUCGCCAUCGCCUUGUUUGCCGGCAUGAUGGGCUGCUGGUAUGGUCUGCCUAGCAGGCCCAAGAAG